AUGGGAUUCCGUAUCACCACAUGGAAUGUUAAUGGUAUACGAAACCCGUUCUCCUAUGAGCCAUGGAGAGGAACGCGCACAUUCGAGUCCAUGUUUGAUAUACUGGAGGCGGAUAUUGUAAUUCUCCAAGAAACCAAGAUUCAGCGCAAAGACCUACGCGAUGACAUGGUCUUGGUUUCAGGAUACUCGGGUGUUGUGAUUUACACGCGCAAUGCCACAUGUUCUCCAAUAAGGGCAGAAGAGGGCAUUACUGGAGUACUUUGCCCACCGAAAUCCUCAACAUCUUUUUACAGUCUUCCAGAAGAUCAGCAAAUUGGUGGAUAUCCAACAUCUGGUCAACUUUCCAGGCCCACUAUAAAGCCCAAGGGGCCGAACUCGGAAGAGGAGCAAGAGGAUUUGAGCUCGGUACCCAAUAUCAGGAUAGAUGCACCAACCCUCGACUCCGAAGGACGCUGCGUCAUUUUAGAGUUUCCUGCAUUUGUCCUCAUUGGUGUCUAUUGCCCCGCCUAUCGAGAUGAGAGUCGGGAUACCUUCCGGAUGGACUUUCUCAAUGCCCUAGAUUCUCGAAUCCGCAACCUGACUGCGAUGGGGAAGAAGGUGGUGAUCGCUGGGGAUAUAAAUAUUUCAAAACAGGGCAUUGAUGCCGCUCAUGGAAUCGAGGCCAUACGAAAAGGUACGAUGACAGAGGAGGAAUUUGUAUCUAGCCCUUCUCGACGUCUAUUCAACCACUUGAUAUCAGAUGGCGUGGUUAUUGGCGAACGCGACAAAGGCAGGGAAGAUCCUGUCCUUUUCGAUGUCUGCAGGUCUUUCAACCCAGAUCGUACAGGCAUGUAUACAUGCUGGGAUCAAAAGGUCAAUGCUCGGCCAGGGAAUUACGGCUCAAGGAUUGACUAUGUGUUGUGCAGCUUGGAUAUGCAGAACUGGUUCUCUGACUCAAAUAUUCAAGAGGGAUUGAUGGGAUCGGACCACUGUCCUGUAUAUGCUGUCAUCAAGGAGUCUGUACAUCAGCCCGGGGGCGAGGUAAACAUACGGGAUAUUCUCAACCCAUUAGGCAUGUUUAACUGUGGCAAGCGUCAACAGGAAUACUCAAGCGAGUGCACAUUGCCCGCUUCAGGGCGUUUGCUCCCCGAAUUCGACGUUGACAAGCGCAGAAGCAUCAAGGACAUGUUCGCUCGUAAACCAACCAGCGUUCCGUCAGAGUCGGUAGAACUAGCCGUUACACUAGACAACAUGCCUACGACUCAAACCAUAGAAUCCACAGUUAUGCACACACCCUUGAAAUCCACUGACUCGGCCAAAAAGAUUUCUACGCCUAUCACUGAGAGAAAUCAACACGCUCAGACUGUUUCUCGCAAACGCCCACAGCCCCUACACACUAAAUCCGCGAAACGCUCCAAGUCCACUGUAUCGACGCCUUCCGAGGUCUCUGUGACAGGCCAAAGAACAUUGAUGGGCUUCUUCAAGCCAAAAACGCUCAAUGUAUAUGAAGCUACUCAGUCAUCCAUGGCUUUCUCAGGCUCCUUGACAUCAUCACUCAACGACAGACUAUCAGAAAUAUCACAAGAGAAACGGGAAGCUCCAGUAAUCAAUUCGCAGCCUCCAGGGUCCCAAGAAGACACCAUAAGAAAGGAAGCUGACACUUCUACCGAAUGUCCGACGGCCAGCAAGCUCAUUGACGACAUAACAAUUGACCCGAUUGUCAGCAAGGAGGAUUGGUCAAAGCUUUUUACCAAAAAACCCGUUCCACGGUGUGAUGGACACCAAGAGCCGUGCAUCAGCUUGACCACGAAGAAACCUGGAAUGAAUCGCGGCCGCUCCUUUUGGAUUUGUCCUCGGCCAUUGGGGCCUAGCGGAGAAAAGGAAAAGGGUACGCAAUGGCGGUGUCCCACAUUCAUCUGGGCCAGUGACUGGAACUCACCAUUUGCAACGCAAGAUCAAUAA